GGAUGGGCCCUGCAGGGCCCGUGUGGCUACGCAGUAUGCCACAGUAGCUGUGAGAGAGGUUGACGGAUACUUACCUGAUCGUCAGCAGGGACGAGCUGCAUCGUGGUAAGACUCUCCAAGCAGGUCACCAACAGGACUAGGACAUGAGUCCACAUCAUGGUGGAUGUGUACCAUAGGCUAGGAUUAGCAGCAGGAUGCCCGUUAGUGAUACCAGGGGCUUCAUUGAUCUUUCUGCUCUAGAUGUGUUGCAGGAUUGUAAGGAUGGCAAGCGUCUUUCUCGCUUGGCAUGUGGUUACCAAGAAGACGACAAUUAUGAAUGCCAUAGGAACUACAGUCUCAGCGAAUCAAUAUGCAGGCCUGAUGAAAUGCCUGGGAGAAUGAACUGCACGGAGCUUAGCCUUAUUUUUGACCGAACAUUUGUCAGGUAUCCAUCGAUCGAUGAGAAAAUACGAUUAAUGGCUGGACAGAAACUCGCUGAAAUCACAUGCACCCAAUUCGAUUUGAACGACACUUUCCACAAUUGUCUUAAUCAAACGGGGUUUGACGCUGCAGGGGGUGUAUACUUUGGGUCUGUAUCAGGCAUUCAUUGGGGGCUUCCAGGCCUGAAUCAAUUUAAGAAGGGUGAUGACCACCCAUACAAUUGUAAGGAAAAGAAAUUGCCAGGUCAGAUAUAUGAUCCACGUCACCGACCAUGAGUAAGCGAUCAGGCACUGGAUGCUUCUGAUUCUCUUGUUUCUGAUGGCCAGUAUUCUUGUCCAGGGGAUUUGCUGCAGCCCAACAGGGUCGAUGUUUGCCUGUCUCUGCCAUCUCUCCACGACAUUGGCCUGGACGUCGACCGGCCGGUGUCUCAAUUUGUACCCAAGGUGUGUGGUGUAUCUGAGGAUGUUGACCCUCGUCUGCUCAGCGCCUGGGUGCCGCUGAAGUUUCUGAGCCCAUCUCGUCAGGUCCACCUCCAAGUCCUGGAUACCGAUCAUGGGGCCGUAGAUCGUAAGGUCAUCGUCUUCCAUCACUCUGACCUUGCACAGCAGGUGUCUUUUGACCUCUACCUGGCCUGAGUUCGCUUUGUGUAGUCUGCUCAUGAACACACCCGGAGUUGCAAUGGUUUGAGC